GCAAACGGAACGGACCAGUGUCCGUACACCCAACCCACCUGGGCCGCCGCGUCUCGUUCUCUCCUCCAACAAACCCACCUCCGAGCAGGCUGCGUGCUCUCGCCGCCGCCGCCACCGUAGGCGAGGGCAUCUCAUCUCAGGGAGGAAUGGCGGAGCGGCAGGUGGCGGAGCUGGGGGCCGGCGCGGCGUGCGUAGGCUGGAACCACUGCGGCCGCCGCCUCGCCGCCGGCGCCGUCGACGGCUUCGUCUCCGUCUACGACUCCCAGUCCCAGCCGUCGCCUUCCUCCAAGUGGCAGGCCCACAAGCAUGCGAUCCUGAAUAUCGUGUGGCUUCCUCCGGACUAUGGGGAUGCUAUAGCUUGUGUUUGUGCUGAUGGGACGCUAUCUUUGUGGGAGGAGGUCAGUGAAGAUGAUCAACUUCCAACCUGGAGGAAAUGUAAAGUAUUUGAGAGUGGCAAUUCUCACAUACUACACGUACAGUUUGGAUUACAACUGUCUAGUCUAAAAAUGGUUACUGCAUACUCAGAUGGCCAAGUGAAGGUUUAUGAGCUCUUGGACUCGUUGGAAUUAGACAAGUGGCAGCUUCAGGCGGAGUUCCAGAACAUUACAGAUCCUGUUUCCCGAUCUGGGAAGCCAGCAUGUACUUCUGCAUCAAUUGCAUGGAGUCCAAGAAGAGGUGAAAGUCAGCAGGCUAGUUUUGCUAUUGGUUUCAAUUCAGACUCUCCAAAUUUCAACUCUUGUAAGAUUUGGGAGUUCGAAGAAGCUCACCAGCGUUGGCUCCCCCUUGUUGAGCUUGGCUCACCUCAGGAUAAGGGGGAUAUAGUGCAUGCUGUAGCAUGGGCUCCUAACAUCGGCAGACCAUAUGAGAUCAUAGCAGUUGCGACAUGUAAAGGAAUCGCAAUCUGGCAUAUAGGCUUAAGCGCUGAAUCUGACGGCAGCCUGUCAACUGAGAAUGUGGCUGUACUUUCUGGCCAUGAUGGGGAGGUCCUGCAACUGGAAUGGGACAUGGGCGGUAUGACACUCGCAUCGACCGGAGGUGAUGGCAUGGUUAAGCUAUGGCAGGCUAACCUGAAUGGAGUUUGGCAUGAACAAGCUGUGCUUGACUGCAAUGUGUCUCACUAGGGUUGCAUAUCUUUUUUUUCUGGUUGGAACUGGGGCCUUGGGGGAUUCCCAGCUCCCAAGUUGUGCAAACAAGCAUUUAAGUGGAUUGCUUAUCAAUGUUAAAGAAUUCUGCAAGAUCUCUUUCAAUUAUACUGUCGUGCACGUGGUUGGUUUUAA